CAUUUAAAUUGCCCAUUGUCGUAAAUACGGGAAGUGAUGUAGUGAGACUUCCCGUUUUCACAACUAAAAACUUCUUCUCGCAUCAACAUAUUUCGGACGUUUAACGCGGCGCACUAAGUUAGAAUGUACGAGAAGUCCAAGAUGGUCACUGGCCAUGCCCUACGACAGAGAAUUUUAUUUAAACAAGGCUGUCAAGAAUGCGUGGUCUCAUUAAGUGAAGUUGUAAACUACUAAGUCAGCCAUUUUGAAUCGCAUGCAGAAACCAUACGACAGCUUGGUUUAGCUACAAACACGUCAUACUUGGAGACUCAGAUGUAUUUGGAACAGCGCAAUAACAUGGACGUGGCUAAAGAGAUCACGAUGCAAGAAGAAGAAAAAAACGAAGUACAAGAUGUGAAAAAAGCGAUAAAACCUUGGACUUCAAAGAAUGCGGUUCACUUAUGGGAAUUUCUCUUGGAAUUACUGCACGACAAGGAGUGCGAAUCACUGAUUUGUUGGACGAAAGCCGAAGACUUCGAGUUCAAAUUGAUGAACCAGGAAGAGGUGGCAAGACGAUGGGGUAAUCUGAAACAGAAACCGCGAAUGAAUUACGACAAACUAAGUCGAGCUUUGCGAUAUUAUUAUCAGAAAAACAUCAUUAAAAAGGUGAACGGACAACGUCUUGUUUACAAGUUUGUCAACCUUCGUGACUAUACGCCAUCCAAAAAACUGGAUGCGACGCGGUUACGUCAGCUUGCAAAUACAUGUGUCGACGUCAGCAACAAGAGUGACGACGUGGAAACGGCUCCACCUACGAUGGCGACGAAAAUGUCUGUCAUUAAAAGCGUUUCUGAAGUUGCAAAAAGUCCGCCCGUAAAUAGUCUCACCCAAGAGAUGUUCUCGUUUCCUCCGAAUACGUCCGAGACAUCUCGAAGUACCUCUUCCGGCACCGUUGCGUUGUAUGAAAGUAAGCCCAUCCUUAGCUCACACGGUGAUACCGUGACGACAACUCCAGUUUAUCUUCAGCCAAUCACAACGCUUGCUGGUGGUUCAGAGUUGUGCGGUUGUCGUUCAUAUACGUUACUUCAGCCAAUCACGCACGGUAACUCGUUCUCGCCUCAAACACUCGCGGUGCUGCAAACACCUUGUUGUGGAAAGGUCUCUCUUGCACCUCUGGCCGCUCAUCAAGUACUUCAUAUAGGCCGGCCUGCGACACCUACAACAGAUACCGGAGUGUUUCAAGUAAUUCCUCGUGCUGAAAGUCGAACACAAACAAUAGAAGCGUAG